AAUAUUGAUAAUUGUCAUCUGACGGAUGAUAGAGCUCUGUACAACGAUGCAGAUAAUGUCAUCGUUUAUCACAGAGGCAUCAGCUGGGAUCUGUCCAACCUUCCUCCGUCUCCUCGUCCUCCGUUCCAGAGGUGGAUUUGGUUGCAUUUGGAAUCGCCAACCAACACCAAAAGGAUCCCAGGUCUGGAAAACCUGUUCAAUCUCACUCUCAGCUACAGACGGGAUGCUGAUAUUCCUGUACGGAUGCGCUUGAUGACCAGGAAGAAACCUAAUGAGGAUUUUGUGAUUCCCAAAAAGGACAAACUGGUGUGUUGGAUUGUAAGUAACAACGAUCCCUCAACUGGUGUCGACACAAGGAAUGUUUUUUACAGAGAAUUCAGGAAAUACAUACAAGUGACUUUGUUCGGAAGGGCUUAUGCAAGGUUCCUGGAUUAUACUGAUUACUAUCCAACCCUGGCUAGCUGCAAAUUUUACCUUGCCUUUGAGAACUCCAUCCACAAGGACUACAUCACUGAGAAGAUAAACGGGCCGCUCGCAGCAGGUACCGUCCCUGUGGUGUUGGGUCCUCCGAGAAGAAACUAUGAAAACUUUGUUCCUGCGGAGUCCUUCAUUCAUGUGAAUGACUUCCCUGAUGUAAAGUCACUAGCCGAAUAUCUGCUUCAGCUGGACAAGAAUGAAGAUGCAUAUCGCAAGUACUUUAACUGGAGGAAACAUCUCACUCCAAGUCCUCAUUUAAUAUUACAGACACAAGAGUUUAUUCUGGCUAUUUGCACUGCCUGUGACCAUGUAGCACGGCACAAGGAAUAUAAAGAAGCUCAUGAUCUCUAUGAUUGGUACUUCAAUUAA